CCAAUUUGUAAAUCAGGAAGAGAUCGCUGAUUAUCCAUGCAUAUAAUGAAAGAUGUGGGCUUGUGUUUCUCCCCACUUCAAGUCCUAGCGUGUACGCUUCUUUUUAAAUAGUGAUAGGUUUCUUUUUCCCUUUAUUGAACGAGAUAAUGUUUUCUGUCAGGAGCGCGCCUCAGUAAAAAAUGGCAAGGAGCUUGCUGUGAUUGUCGAGAGUGAGUGCGCGUCAAAGCUUGACUGCGCCGUAUGCGCGCGCUCGCUGCUCAAAAUAAUGCGUGUCUUGCUCGGUUGCUUUCUCUCCACGCUUUAGAUGAGAAACGGGUAGGGAGAAUGGGAAGAGGCUGUUGAGGGAAAUAGAUUAGCUUCAAAACCACAGAAAGCACCCACUGGCGGAAGGUUUUGGAUUGGCAAAGGGGCAGAGCAGAGACUACAAUAAAUUCAACCCGAGUCAGUCACGUUCCAACUGGCAGCGUUAUAAUAAUACCAAGGUCAAUAUACCGAACGAGCGUACAAACCCACGUCAUUUAACGUCUUCGGCUGGGUACUGAAUUCGGAGACGGUGAAAUCACCACCAGCUGAAGAUGGAUGGGGUGAUGCAGGGGAUGCAAGCAUACGGAGCGGGGAAGGCUGGAGGAGCCUUCGACCCUUUGACGUUCUUUCAACAGCCUCAAACUAUCCUUCGGCUUGUUUGCUGGCUCUUCUCCAUCGUGAUCUUUGGCUGUAUCGCCAACGAGGGCUACGUGAACCGGCCUGAUGAGAUUGAGGAGUUCUGCAUCUUCAACAGGAACCAGAAUGCCUGUAACUAUGCAGUGGGGAUGGGCACCCUGGCUUUCCUCAGCUGUGCUGCCUUCCUGGCCCUGGAUGUCUACUUCCCCCAGAUCAGCAGCGUCAAGGACCGCAAGAAGGCUGUGCUUGCUGACAUCGGAGUGUCUGCAUUCUGGUCAUUUGUCUGGUUUGUGGGGUUCUGUUUCCUGGCCAACCAGUGGCAGGUUGCCAAGGAGGAGGACAACCCUCUAAGGGAGGGCGCGGACGCAGCCCGAGCCGCCAUUACCUUCGCCUUCUUCUCCAUCUUCACCUGGGCGGUGCAGGCCUUCCUGGGCUUUCAGAAGUACAAGCUGGGAGCUGACUCGGCCCUCUUCUCCCAGGAGUAUGUUGACCCCACCGCUGACCCCAACACUGUGGCCCCCAUGGGCACUGACUACACGGGCUACACUGCCGACAUUGACCCCGUGGCCAGCACGGAGCCAGCCUUUGACGGCUCCGCUGGCUACCAGGGCCAGGAGUACUGAGCCAGAGGGCCAAGGGAGGAGGAGAAGGCUCAGGGAGGGGCUUACUCAGCAUCAGGGGUGGUGUAAGGGGGCAUUUUAGUGGUUUAUGGGGACAUGGGGUGGCUUAAAGGUAGCUAAGUCCCAGAUCUGUUUGUGUUAGGUGUGAUAAUGAAAUACACUGCCUUCAGAAAGUAUUCAAACCCUUUGACUUUUUCCACAUUUUGUUGUGUUACAGCCUGAAUUUCAAAUUGAUUAAAUUUAGAUUUUGUGUCGCUGGCCUACACACAAUAGCCCAUAAUGUCAAAGUGGAAUUAUGUUUUUAGAAAUGUUUACAUACUUAUUAAAAAUGAAAAGCUGAAAUCUCUUGAGUCAAUAAGUAUUCAACCCUUUUUUUAUGGCAAGCCUAAAUAAAUUCAGGACAAAACAUUUGCUUCAUUUGAGCAUGGUGAAGUAAUUAAUUAGACUUUGGAUGUUGUAUCAAUACACCCAGUCACUACAAAGAUACAGGCGUCCUUCCUAACUCAAGGAAACCGCUCAGGGAUUUCACCACGAGGCCAAUGGUGACUUUAAAACAGUUAGAGUUUAAUGGCUGUGAUAGGGGAAAACUGAGAAUGGAUCAACAACAUUGUAGUUACUCCACAAUACUAACCUAAAUGACAGAUUGAAAAGAAGGAGGCCUGUACAGAAUACAAAUAUUCCUGUUUGCAAUAAGCAAAGAAAUGAACUUUAUGUCCUGAAUACAAAGAGUAAUGUUUGGGGCAAAUCCAACACAAAUCAUCACUGACCACCACUCUUCAUAUUUUCAGGCAUGGUGGUGGCUGCAUCAUCGACUAAAUCAUGUUAUGGGUAUGCUUGUCAUCGGCAAGGACUAGGGAGUUUUUUAGGAUAAAAAGAGAUGGAAUAGAGCUAAGCACAGGCAAAAUAUUAGAGGAAAACUCAGUCUGCUUUCCAACAGACCUGGGAGACAAAUUCACCUUUUCAGCAGGACAAUAACCUAAAACACAAGGGCAAAUAUACACUGGAGUUGCUUACCAAGACUACAUUGAAUGUUCCUGAAUGGCCUACUUACAGUUUUGACUUAAAUCAACUUGAAAAUAUAUGGCAAGACUUGAAAAGGCUCUCUAGCAAUGAUCAACAACCAACUAGACAGAGCUUGAAUAUUUUUUUUAAAUAAUAGUGUGCAAAUAUUGUACAAUCCAGGUGUGCAACGCUCUUAGAGACUUACCCAGAAAGACUUAUAGAUGUAAUCGCUGCCAAAGGAGAUUCUAACAUGUAUUGACUCAGGGGUGUUAAUACUUAUGUAAAUUAGAUAUUUCUAUAUUUCAUUUUCAAUAAAUGUGCUAAACCUUUUAAAAACAUGCUUUCACUUUAUCAUUAUGAGGUAUUGUGUGUAGAUGGGUGACAGAAAAAAUCUAUGUAAUCCAUUUUGAAUUCAGGCUGUAACAACAAAAUGUGGAAUAAAUCGAGGGGUAUGAAUACUUUCUGAAGGGACUGUAGGAGUUGGCAAGAUGGCACUAACAGAUCUGAGACUUGAAUAGCUGACUGGGACUUUGGGUGGCCAACGGGGUGGGACAGGACCAAGGGUUGGUCAAUCACUGUGUGUGUGAGUGUGAGAGUGCUACAACAUGCCGGGGACGCAGGAUAUGGGGGAGAGCGAGGGGCUUCUCAGAGACCAUGGUCGGUGUGUGUGUCGGUGUCCGGAACCAGUUUGCCUUCAGGGGGGUGCGGUGCAGUGUUGGUUGGCCACCUCCACGGGAUCAGACAGAGUUCUAACCAGAAGAGGGGUUAUUUUCUGCAGCCUUAAUUGACAUGUGUGUGUCCCAAUUGUCCACCCUUCUCCCAAAGUGUGCACUUGCAUACUCCCCUUCAUGGAUACAAUGGAUUGGUGUAAGCAUUGGCUGGAAGGAGUUUCCACCAACCGUUGUUGGGGAGUGUGCAAGUGCACACUUUGGGAGAAAGGUGGAGGAUCGGGAUGCAGUCUUGGAACUCAUACACACCUAUACUCCCACAUAUAUCAACACAUAUUAAAGAAGGAACCUUAGGAAGGCCAUUGGUGUGCAAAGCUACCUUCUGGCCAACAUAAAGGGAAGGCGAUGAUACCUGAACAACACAAGUCCUACGGAAGACCACUGUAGCCCGGUCAUUGCGCAAUGACCUAGGACCUGCUUGCCAUUCCUUUUCUGCCAGUUUAGCUUUCUUUGUUUGGCAAAGGUAAAAUGGCAUCUACUCUUGGUCAUGGAGGACUGCAUUGUUUAAUGUUUUCUGCCAUAUCUAUGCCAAAUUAACACCCUCGCCAAAUCCACUGUUAACGGUGCUAAAUCUGAAAUGUUAUCCCAUCAUACAGGACAAAGGACAGGGUAUGACAUACAGGAACUGAACAACUAACAGUAAAGCACAACUAUAGACAAGCCACAAUAACACCAAUUGAGCUGUUACAGAUGUGCUGCAUCAUCACUCAGAUAUUGUCCUCAACUGUUCACAGCGGAACAUUCUCAAACUAGAUAAAUCAGUAAACCUUUAAUCAAAUUCUUAAGCAUUCCAUCAGCAGGCACCAAAUUCAAUAAUGAUGAUGUGUAAGCACGAAUAAAGAAGACCGAUGUACGUAACCAACUUAAAAGCCAAGUCCUUUUCCGCCAAUCACCAACACCCAUGCACCAACGUUGACUGCCAACCAAAAUGUGACCAACACUGGCUUGACACUAGUAACUGACAUAGUGUAUGUCCUUAAAAUCAGAGUGUCAAUUGCAUACUCCUGUCCGCUCUCCUCACUUCCUCAAAACCUAUUGGAGGAGAAGGUCAAAAGGGAGGGAUCUCUGGCUUUCUCAUCCAAUGGGUUAAAGAGAAGGAGGUGAGGAGAGAGGACGCGAGGAGUAUGCCAUUGAGAUUCUCCCAAAGUGGCCUCGGAAGCCUCUCAUUUGACUUAGCACUAGAAUACCAGCAGUCGAUUUCAGACUGACCAGUGCUAUUUAUCUCUUCUUUCAUCCCAACAGCUGAUGUGAUUUCUGUUUCCAAAUGUUCGUAAUGAUCCAUGCGUGUGUGACUGAGUGUUUUUUUCAAGGCAAAACGUGCUCAAGAAUUGUAUAUUUAUUCAAUUAUUUUUUGUUGGAGAUUUUUAAGUAUAUAUCUAUACUACAGAUAUUAUUAAAAAAACUGGACAUUUUUAUUUUGUGGCAUACAUAACAAAUGUGUAAUUAUGCACAACACGUAAUUAUAUAUGUAUGAAAUAACGUUUUUAAUACAUUGUUAUUAACCAGAUAUUACUAUGUUAUAAACGAAGAUAAUAUAUUGUACCUAUUAUUAAAAUAGCAUAUGUCUAUAUGUAUUAAUGCAUUUAAAGUGUGUGUGUUUCAAAAUAACUGACAUCUUCGGCUUUCAUUAUGUGAGGUGCGGCAUUGUUUUCUGAAUCAGGAAACAUUUUCUUUGUCAUGUUUUACUGUUGCAAACCUUUCUGGGGCGAAACAUUUAGGUAACACUUUAUUUGGAUAGUCCCAAGUAGAUGGGUUGUAGAUGUUCAGUAGAUGUUCAAUCACUGUCAACAACAUUUCAACUAACUAUCCACUAACCCUAGCACUAACCCUAACCUUACCCUUAUCCUAACCCUAAACUUAACCCUUAACCUAGGCCUAACCUUAACCGUUACCCUAACCCUUAUUCUAAACCUACCCCUAAACGUAACCUUAGCAAACAUUUGCUUAUCAACAGCUACUUAGUUGAUACUAUGACCAUCUAUAUUGGAUUAUCUAAAUAAAGUGUGACCAACAACUAUGAAGAAAAAAGUGGGAUAACGUGACAAAUAUACCAAUUAUAUAGACAUUGUGUAAGAAUUAUGUGGUCUUUGUGUGCUACUACGGAGUUGGG